UAUUUUUAGAUGGUUUAUCAAGCAAAUGUCAACAGCUGUUUUUCCUGUUCUUUGCUGGCACACUUAAAAUUGACCAUGCUGACUUUUGUGUUCGGAUGUGUCCACUGUUGACAGGCAGGAAAAUGACUGACCGCUGACUCAGCAGCAGAAGGCUUGAAGAUGAUUUGAACCAACCAGAAAGCCUCUUGAACCUGCGUUAUGACUGAAUUAGAAGCGUCGGGCUUGGGGGAACAUCCCCCGCCUUACAUGAUCUUUGUGGUGGUCUUCCUCUUCUUCCUCACCGGACUCCUCGGCUUCCUCGUCUGCCACCUGCUGAAGAAGAAGGGCUACCGCUGCCGCACCGGAGACAUGGACGAUGAAGAGGAGGAGGAGGAGGAAAAGCUUCAAGGAAAUGCAGACGAUGAGGAUGAGGGGAACCAGGAUACAGUGGAGCAGAUCCUCAAAUGCAUUAUUGAAAAUGAAGCUAACAUGGAAGCCUUCAGUGAGAUGUUGGGAAACCGCAAUGUCUGCGUGCGCCAUGACCCCAGGUUGCGUAAGGAGUCCAUUGGUGGUAUUCCUCCACAUCACCACACAGUCCACUCAGGCGCCGACCACAACUCCUGCCACCUCUGUGCCCAGGUGCGAUCCAAAAAGGGCCGACGACAAAGCCGAACCCCCCGCUCCAAGCAACGCCAUGGAGAACAGACUGUCUUCUCUGUUGGCCGGUUCCGGGUGACACAUCAUGAUAAGAAGCUCCAUGGAGGUCCCAACCCACUGGUCAGUUCAGGGGACAGGCUGGACCAAUCCCAAGACAGCGAGGACCGGAAGGAGGGCGGGUACAAUCUGCGAAGCAUGUUCAAGGAUGUGCGACCACCUUCAGAGAGCUCCAAUGGGAUCGCUCCAAAUGUAGGGAAACGCAGGAAGAGUGUAACCAUAUUCGGGCUGAGGCGGGGCAGUGACCCCGUUGGCAUUAAAGUAGGAGAGGGGACAGGUAGGGAGACUGGAGGUGUUAAAUUUGCUAUUCAGCAGCAGCCUGUAGUGCUGGAGGAGCUGUCGCAGACAGAGAACAUUGAAGUCACCCCCAAACGUGGUACUGAACCUGGUAUCAAACCUGAAGCUGAGCCAAAGAAUAAUCAAACGCCUGCUUCACCUCGCGAGGCUAAAAGUUUAGGUUCUGUUAAUUCUCCCUCUUCCCAAAGUAAGAUUCAGGCUCCUGACUCUAGUCCUGCACCUGAGGAUGGCUCGAAACAUGGACUCAGUCCUGAACCUGGUACAAACCUUGCGAUUAAACCUUCCACUGGGACUACAGCAGCUUCUGCCCCCAGCUUUCUUGCCAUUCCAUCUCCUGCUUCAUCUGGACAGAAUUUAAAGACAACGGAGAAAGGAGGAGAUGUCGAGGAUAUGGUGUUAAAAAAUAAAGAGGCACACGAUCCCGGGCCGCUACAGACCUCUACGCCCAUUUCCCCCAGUCGUGGAUCCUAUCCAGGUUUUACUCAUGCCAUUCCUACUGAUCAACAGGAGCUCUAUUCUAGCACAGGUUUUCCAGUUACCCAAACACCCCCUGACCCAAGCUCCAGCCCAGAUCGGGAAUCAGGUUUUGGUGCUAGCCUAGCUUUAAUAAGCUUAGGUUCAUCUCCCCCAUCUUCAGCCUCUUCGUUAAAAACUCCUACCUCACCCCUGGUGGUCAAACCAAGCCCCCAGCUAAGUUCUAGAAACAAGCCAUCAGAGGCUACAAAAACUGCCUUUUCCCCUGCCGCCACUCCAAUACCCAAAUUCCCAUCAGGCCAAGCGAUGUCUAGCCAAUCGCCUAUUCCAUCUUCAUCCUUUGGAGAAGCCCGAACUCCCUCACCUGCUCUUACUGCCAACCCCAGACUUGACAUCAUGCCAGUAUCACCACAAACCCCCACUUCCUCUCCAGCGUACCAACACUUGUCCUUUGGAAGUUCACCUCGCCUGACUUUGAAGUCGGAAAGUGUGACGUCUGUAACAUCUAUGGCCAAAGGGGAUAUGGUUUCGAGCCCAUUAUCUCUAAAGGAAGCAGAGCUAGUGGGAGCCGGAAUCCCAAAGACAGAAGGAAAGACAGAAAUUAAGAGGGUUGGGAUUCUCAAAACAGCUAAACUCUCACCAACUGAGGCAGACUCUAAAGCUUCUGCCCUUUCCUCCUCCAUUGAUCAGCUUUCUAAAGACAAACUGAGCAAUUUGUCUCUGUCUGCUGCCAGUCCGCUGUCCCCCUCCUCUCCUAUGGGGAGCAGAGUAAGUAAUGUGACCAUCAUUAAAGCCAGCCCUGACAGCAAGCGAGAGUUUUCCGUUGUCACUAUGGUGGAAGAUGAAGAAUCCUCUACCUCAAUAAAAGACCAGAGAGGAGAGACUUCUGAACUUGAGGCUGGACCAGAAAAAGCAGGAAUUAGUCCAGCAGUUGGUCAAGGAGGAAGGAUUCCUGUUUCAUGUGUUGGACCACCUGAAAGUCAACCUGGGGGGACUUCUGGAGCAGAGGGUAGGUCCAUGGUAAGCCAAGAGAAGGAUGACAUGGUUGAGAUGGAAGAUAUUAGGGACUGCAAAGUGACGCAGGCAGAAGAAGCAGAGAGAGCGGAUGAGGAGUUGGAGAAAAUGAACAUUUAGUCCAAACAUGACUGACAGGUCAAGUCUCAUAUGGACUAGAGUUCAGACUCUCCUCUGAUAAUCCAAAGAAAGAAGUGAAGAGGAAAAGAAAUGUAGUAGUAAUAAAAUUAAAGAUUAAUGAACAUGCCUUUAAUCAUUUAACCACAGCAAUGAAUAUGUUGCAGCAGGGCUGGACUCGCUGGUUAACUGACUAGCUGGUUGACGAAUGGAGAAUCAAAUCAAAUAUUCCUCCACUGCUAGAUUUAAAGGAUCAUGCAAUGGAUGUUGCAUGUUUUAGUCCUUUCAUCACAACUCACAUUAGAUAAUGGCUAACCAAGUUUUCAAACCACACUUUUGUGUUCCUACGCUUCCCCCCCCCCCCACUUAGCAAGCAGGCUUUCAUUUAUUUCCGUGGAGUAUAAUAAGAGUCUGAGCCUGACGUGUUGGGAUCAUUAAAUACUGUGAGAUUCCAAAACCCAAAAAAAAAAACCCACUGAGGAGUCUACAGCUGUGCUUGAGGCUCUGUGAGGCUGUACUGAGGACUAGCAGUGGUUUGAACCAAAUAAGAUCAACCUUUCAAUGAUGAAUAAAUGCCAAUAAAUGAUAAAUGCUAAUUUCAGUAUGCUAACAUGACAAUGAAAUCCAUGUUUACCAUAGUUUACCACAUCAGCAUGCUAACAUUUACAAAUUAGCACUACUCCAAAGUACAGCUGAGGCAGAUGGGAAUAUUAUUCGUCGUUUAAUAGUUGAGUAGAAAAAGCAUUUCAGUCUGGACCAAAGUGGUGGGCCCACCAACCGACUGAACACAGACUGAGAUUGCCAUCCCUGUAGCGUGGCUAUGGCUAAAAAUCAGUUGCCAUGAUUAUUUAUUGAAGUACAAAGGUGUUAAGGGCUGGCAACAUCUAAUCUCAUCUAUUGAUCCUCCUGAUCGUGAAUCAAGAUUAACAGCACAAACACAGAGGAGCAACAGUCGCUCUAUGAGCAGCUUGGCCGAUGAAGAUUUAUCAUUUUAGUGAAUUUGAAACAAGUUCUUGCAGUUAUAUUUAAGCCCAUCUUAUAAUGUAGUUGAUUUUUGCAGGUACAGUAUAUUGGCAGGUAGAUAAAACAGCCUUAUAAUUGCAAAUUUCACUCUUCCUUCUCCAAAUUUGGUAUGGCCAUUUCUCUCAUGUGCUUCAUUGUAGAGCACAGUGAAGAGCUUCAGCAUGAGAGAGUAAACCUGAUGGAUGUUCACAAUGCUCCCCCUCCCCCAACAGAUCCACCCUCCUCUGCACAGGCUCCUCUUAGUGCUAGUGAAGCAAUAAGGACUUGAUCCCUCACAGUUGUUUUGAACAUUGGUCUGGUGGAGGGCACCACCCAACACAGCGCCAGCAGUCACUGAUGUGGCCAUGUAGAGUAGUCACAGUAUAUUGUUGUUGUACUUCCACUGGUAAAUAUACAUCACUACCUGUGGACCAGGCGCUCCAAUCCCAGACUAGGUUGUUUUGCGAUAGUAAUACAUGUUUAGUAAAACAUUGUCUUAUUAGUCACAAUACUUCUUUCUGCUCAUGCCAUUUUGUUAUGAGUUCAGCAGAAAUCGAAUGCUUAUGAGGAAGGUGCAAAACAGCAACAAAUGACCACUAUGAUAAGAAUAGACUUUGUACUGAAGAUUGUACUAUCAAGCUCUCAGACAACAGAGACAUGAAACUUACACAGAAAACACUCUGCAGUCUUUAAAGCUGUGAAAUAAUGUAUUUUAAAAGAUGAUAUGUAUUUUGAAGUAAAUUGGAGUAUUUUCAAGUCUUAACUUGGAGAGCUUCCACAUCAGAUAAAAGACUGAUUGUGCAGUCGAGACAACAGUGGAACUCUCCAUUGAUAUAUGUGUUCUUUUCCCGCUCAUUUGAUUAUACAGUAGAGCUCACUAAGUUGUUACAUGCUGCAACACAACUUGUGUGUCUGUCAAACCUGCACACUAUUCACUCUGAAGAAUUUUAUAAAAAUCUACUUAUUCCACCAUGGUUAUAGGCAGUAAGAGCUGUGGUUCUGUCAUAGCUGCAGGUGUAUAACAUUGUACAUAAACUGAGUAUGUGUAGACAAUUUCACAUUUCACCUUCACUCUACAGUCUGUCUCUGUAUUCUCUAUAUAGAAAAGUACUACAAUAAUAUCAUAUAACUUGCAGCAGCAAUCUAAAGGCGUGAUCCAGUAUGCAUAUGGUGUUAAAUGAUGUCCUUCUUGACAACAUUUUAAGGAAAAUUAUAAUUUUUAUAACAUCAGUUUUAUGUUUGAAGUAAUGAUGAAAUCUGGAGACAGAGACAAAGACUUUUCCUUCUGACUGUGUGUGCAGAUAAUAGAAACUUUAGCCACGAUGGGACAGAAAAAGAGAAGAUGAUCCAGGUUGUAAAAAAAUGGAGCAAAACAAAUCGGCUGCAAUACCAUCCUUGAUAGACAAAGAAAAUAACUGCCUUCUCAAUACCUAACUUUUUUUAAUAUAAGGGUUAUUAAAAACAAUGUAAGUGAUAAUCUGUAGCAUUUUUAUAUCAAUUCCCACUAAGUUCACAAAGUUUGUGGAGCUCUGUUUAAUUUGAAAUACAGAGUUACUGUGAGUGAGCCACCAAGACUGAAGAAAAUAAAUAUAUUCAAACCCGAUCAACAAAAAGUCCAAAAUAGGAAGAUAUCACAGCUCUAACCACACAUCGCACUGCAAAACAUCUCAAAGACCAGCAGUUAGAAAGGAAACAACGAAAAGAUAACGAGAGUGUACGUUUCCUGAAGAAAAUGCUGUGUGAUUGCUGAUAGCUCUUUCAGCUUGUUUGAAGCUUUGGAGUAUUUAUUUCACCGUGCUCCAGCUGUCUGCCAAGUUCCACCUCUGUUGCCUUUACAGUGUGCGUGAUGUUAGUGAUUUUAUUAAAAGAAUUCCUCAUUUUAAUUGUAUCAGAUGUUAACAAGCUGUUUACAAGUUAGUGUGGGCGUGACAUUUUUAAAAAUGUCUCCCUAGUAGCGAAAAACCUGACCUAUAAUAAACUAUUCAGCAUCAUCCACUGAAUCCAUAGAAAGCAGAAUUACUCUUCUGUACCUAACUGUUGCUGAGAUAUUAACCAAAACAUUUGAAAUAUUUGCUAGCUGAUUUCCUGCAACCAUAUUUCUAGCUACAAGUGUAUAGGACAGCUGGCAUGACAAAAACAGAUGGAGGACAAAACAACAGAGAUAUAAGUAGUGUGACUGCUUUCAGCACAAAAAAAAAGUCAUGAAGUGAUUCAGUCUGCCCAGUUUCAAACAUUUUCAUUUUUGUCGUAAUUUUUAUUAUAAUAAUGAUUUAAAAAAUAGAAUAAUUUUUCUUUCUUUUCACCCAGUCAAAACAAACUCAUGUACGAUCACGUACCCUCAGUGGGCGGCCAUGCACAUAGAUUUGGUGGUAUGUGCUAUGCAUUUUGAGACAUCUGCCUCUGAAUGUUUAACCUCCACCCAAAUAAAAAAGUGGAAUGAAAUCUCCUUAGUAGAUAAAACUAGCUAUGAGAAAAUAUUUUUCUAUGCUUCUAUCGAAAAGUGUAUCUGCAGGGACUAUGGGAGUCUCCUCGUCACCAUGAUUAAAUAAAACUCCAGAAGAGAAUCUGUAUUUGUUGGGAUUUCUAUUUGCAGGCACUCAGUCCUGUAUACAUUCAGGCCUCUGGCCCUGGAGACUCCUUCUGGUUAGCACAGAGGGAGCUUACCAGACGCAGUUCAGAGGUUUCAGGUCAGAGGUCAGCAUCAUUUCCUGGUCUUUAUGGGAAACCAGCUGGGAGGCCUGUAGUCUGCUGCCUCAGUUGUCCUCUCACUCUGUGUCUUUCUUCUGCCCCCAAAUUUGAAUUUCAAGCCUCAAACUGACAAGUGGACAUAAUGUUUUCAUCCGGUGAAGUCUUAAACACUGCUCAGCUGGAAGUACAGUACAUUAUCUUUAUCCAGACCUCUACACUAUGUUUCUAUUUUCUGGAUCUGUUUAUGUUUGUUAUUAUGCAUGCAAGUGUGAUCUGAGAGAGUGUGUGUCACCCUCUGCUGGUCACCAAACACAUCACACCUUCACAUGUUUGUGUAUUGCCAUCACUGACCUUCAUCACCACAGUAAAUAUGCUCCUAAACUGCUGUGUCAUCCUCAACAUAUUUAUUCUAUUAACAACAGGCUGCUGUAGUACUUUUCAACACAGUGCGUGCCCAUGUGUUGAAAAGUUCUAACAUAAUAAUCUUGUAAAUUAUACUGCUACAAAUAAGUAUGUAUAAAGAGUGCCAUGUUGUUUUGUUUGUUCUGGACUUCUGCAGUAUAUCUCAAACCAUUUCAGAACUAUAACAAUUAACUAAAUGCAUCUUAUAUGUUCAUUGCACCACAAACAAAGAAUCAUGUACAUAAAAAACGAUGAGAUGUCUUAAUGGUGCAGCUGUCAGUAGCCAUAUUAGUCAGCACAGAUCUAUACUCUGUGUGUCUGUAUUUCCUUCCCUCCAAUAAACACCAGUUUGCUGUAGGUUGUCUACAGAUUGAUUUCAAAGGCCUGUCCUGCCAGUUGCAUGCCCCAACAUGGAGCAACAUUCCAGAUCAAGUCAAAAGGUUGUAAAUGUAAAACCAAACUGGUGGCUGCACUGUAAAUGAUCCAUCUCAAAAGGUUUUCUAGUUUCCUCUCUUCUUUCGGCGUCCUUACAGCGUGUAUGAAAGACCACAAGGUUGAAGUCACAUGAUUUAAUUUAAUUAAUUUACAUUGGAAAAAAUAUUGAAAAACUUGUUCUUAUAGAAAAACAAGAUUUUAAGGUACAAAGCUAAAUUGAUAUUGUAUUAUACUACUUAAACCAGGUGCAAUCAACAGACUAAUACACCUGUUGCUGACAAAAUCUUAUAGCGGAGGAUUUACACAUUGUCUGGUAGUUCUACUGUAAAGCCAUAGCACGGACUCAAUAAAUGAUGCCCUUUGAAAGGAAUUGCCCAGCAGUCAGGAGAUAUUGUUACUUACUCAGUAUCUUUGGAACAAAUUCAGAGGCUAAUUGAGCAAAGUGAAAGAUUAAGCAACAUUUAUCAGUAAUAUUACAUAAAGGCUUUAUGUUGACCUCCAGACAAUGAAUGUGGCUAAAGCAGUAUGAGAAAGUAAUUUGCAUUCAAAUUGCAGAGCAUACCUGGAAAUAACAUGAAAGGUUAGUAAAGGUUUUCACACCAGCAACAGUAUGGACAUGCUGUAUGAAUAAAAGAGAAAUCCAGGCAGCUGAGAGGUGCAGUGUGUUGUUUUCCUUACAGUUUCCAAAUCAGCUGCUUGUAAACGUUGCUUGUACUCUAAAUUGACACACCAUCAACAUACAUGAUGUUCUUUUUGUCUUGUCCUGUUUUUCACAAUGGGCCCAGUAAUAAAUAGAUUUUGGUCAGCUUGCAACAUAUUGUAUGCACCAUGUUGCUUCCCUACAUUUAUUAUAAAUGGAAAAAUUUGUGGCAGUAUUCAAAAAUGGUCAGAGGUGAAGCAGUACACAGAUCAGCAGCUAUUGAACUAUGCACACUGAAGAACCACUGGAAACCACAAAAGCUAAAAAGCCUCUAAACUCAUUACUCUCCAUAAUCACUAUGAGGUUGAUCAAAGUCUGGUAUACACAGUACGUACAGCAUAGAACACAUGAAGUGAGAGCAUUGUAAAUAUGCAAAUGUAUCAUAAUGUAACCUAAUGAAAUAAAAUACUAGAACUAUG